AAUGCAGUUAAGUAAUGAAUUCCACGCUUUUGGCAGCUGCCAGUGUUUGGAGUAUUCACUUCCGAAUUCCAUUUGUAUUUUGAGAAAGUAUUUUUCUUCGACGGUUCGACCCACAGUUUUUUCGGCGUGUUUGAAACAUUCAAUAAGUCCGAACAUUUUCCCUGAUCUCUAGCAUCCUUCGAAGAGCGCACCGUAUCCAUUAUUCAUACCAUGUCGUCUCUUAGUACACUGCACGCCAAAAUUGGUCCUUCCAUCCUGAACGCUGAUCUGGCUAAACUGGGUUCCGAAUGCAGCCGGCUGAUCGAUGCUGGCGCGGACUACCUGCAUUUGGAUGUGAUGGAUGGGCAUUUCGUGCCGCCGAUCACGUUCGGGCACCAGAUGGUGGAGUCCCUGCGCAAGACCAUCCCGAAGAAUCGCUGCUGGUUCGACAUGCACAUGAUGGUGGAGAAUCCCGAUAAAUUCGUCAAGGACAUGAGCGAUGCGGGCGCUGAUCAGUUUGUCUUCCAUUACGAGGCCACCAAAGAUCCGCAGACGACGAUUCGCAAAAUCCGCGAAGCUGGCAUGAAGGUGGGCAUUGCGGUGAAGCCGAAGACGGCGGUUGAUGUUGUCUUUCCGUACAUUGAAGAGGUGGAUUUGGUGUUGGUGAUGACGGUGGAGCCGGGUGCCGGCGGCCAGAAGUUCAUGCAGGACAUGAUGCCCAAAGUGCAGACGCUGCGGAGGAAAUUCAAGGAACUGGAUAUCGAAGUGGAUGGCGGAGUCAGUCCGGAUACCAUUCAUCACUGCGCAGAGGCUGGCGCGAACCUCAUUGUUUCCGGUACAGCUGUGGUUAAAAGUCCGGAUCCCAAGUCCGUAAUGGAUCAGCUGCGACAAUCCGUUAGUUCGAAAAUUCCAAUAUGGCAGAAUUUAUAAAUUAACAUUGACAUGGUCAAACGUUGGACGCUUUUUUUUCGAUUGUGAUUUUCUUGAAGUUGUUUGGAAAAAUGUUUCGGACACUCCUAUAUUAUAGCUUGCUUGUUUAUCAGCUGUUUUAUUUAUUGUUUAGGUCGGUUCUAAUCGCAAUGCAGAAGGUUUAGUGAUUGCUCUUGUAUAAGCGAAAGACCACCAAGACUAAUAACUGUGAGGCCAG